CCUACACUCUUUCCUGAUGCCUCUAUAACUUUUGGCUUCGCGCCAUUCUCUACACUUAAAGUGAAUCAAUUCAAUUCAUGGAAACAAUGUCUCCUUGAUUGAAUACGUAUUCCUUCAAUCACUCUCUUUUCGACAACCGACUGCAAUACUAUUGUAAACAAGUACUACCUUCUAGCCAUCAUGAACGGCUUCUCAAACCAUCCCCUCGACGAGGAUGCCUUUGGGGAAAAGAGAACUGCGGGAGCUGGCUUGCGCACAUUCGAUGCGUUCCCAAAAACCAAACCCACGUAUAUGACGCCGACUCGUCGCGGAGGACAGUGGACAGUAAUCAUCUAUGCGAUCUGCACGAUCCUGUCACUCGGGGAGCUGUUAACAUGGUACCGCGGCACCGAAAACCAGCACUUUAGCGUCGAAAAGGGCGUGUCACGCGAGCUGCAGAUGAAUCUGGAUAUGGUGGUCAACAUGCCUUGCGCAGAUCUGCGCGUCAACGUGCAAGAUGCCUCCGGCGACCACAUUAUGGCCGGUAUGCUGCUCAAUAAAGACAAUACGAAUUGGGAAAUGUGGAACAACAAGCUGAAUCAGAUCUCGGCCGGCGUGCAUGAGUACCAGACGCUCAAUGCCGAGGAUAAUAAUCGACUGUUGGCCCAGGAGGAGGAUAUACAUGCCCGCCAUGUCAUUCAGCAUGUUCGCCGCAAUCCGCGCCGAAAGUUCCCCAAGACCCCGAGAUUGAGCGCAAAGUAUCCCGCUGAUUCGUGCCGCAUCUACGGCAGCUUGGAGGGGAAUAAAGUGCAGGGAGACUUUCAUGUGACGGCGCGAGGACAUGGCUACAGCGACAUGGGUGAACAUUUAGAUCACUCGAAAUUCAAUUUCUCGCACAUGAUCACCGAGCUGUCCUUUGGACCUCACUACCCCUCUCUCCUUAAUCCUCUCGACAAAACCAUCGCCACGACUGACGCGCAUUACUACAAAUACCAAUACUUCCUCAACGUCGUCCCCACAAUCUACUCCAAGGGCAACGGCGUCGUCGAGAAGUACACGUCCAACCCGGCCAUGGCGUUCAAAAAGAUGCGAAACACAAUCUUCACCAACCAAUACUCCGCGACGAGCCAAUCACUCGACCUCCCCGAGAAUCCGUACAACACGCCUGGAGUGUUUUUCAAGUACAACAUUGAGCCCAUCCUGCUAUUUGUCAAUGAAGAACGCGGCAGUUUUCUGGCGCUGUUGGUGCGGUUGGUGAAUGUUGUGUCCGGUGUGAUUGUCACGGGUGGAUGGUUGUUUCAGUUGAGUAGCUGGGCGUCCGAGGUGCUGAGGCGUCGUCGACGCAAUAUGGAAGGUGUCCUGAAUGGGCGGGCGCACUCGGGUGAUUAUGAUGAGUGAAAUGAUCCUCAUUUUAUUUUCUGUGUUUCAUUCUGCAUUGCGUCUGCGUGUUUGUGUUUAUUCUUGUAUUUUUUGUUUUAUAGCUACUUUGGUGCUGUUCUGGAGUUCAAGAAUGUAAAAUGUUUAUAUACCGAUACCAAUCAAAAUUGGAUUUAGAAAUUACACAUGUACUGUAUUGAGUGCUUUUGAAUAAGAUUAAAUGACUCAGAAUAUC